AUGGACACUGCUCACAUAAUCGGUUCAACAAGUCAAGAUAUGCUCCAACAACUGUUCAUCUACCUAACGAUCACUACUUGGACGGUAUCUUCGAUCCCGGUGGAUAACGGCGUUGAAGGCAAGCCAGAAAUAGAGUGUGGACCGACGUCAAUAACAGUCAACUUCAACACAAGGAAUCCGUUCGACGGACAUGUUUAUGUGAAGGGAUUGUAUGACCAAGAGGGAUGUCGCAAUGAUGAAACAGGACGUAAUAUUGCCGGUAUAUCGCUGCCCUUCGAUAGCUGUAAUGUGGCUCGAACUCGAUCCCUGAACCCUCGUGGUAUAUUUGUUACUGCCACGGUCGUCAUCACAUUCCAUCCGCUCUUUGUUACUGAGAUCGAUAGAGCUUAUCGUAUACAAUGCUUCUAUAUGGAGGCUGAUAAGACUGUCAGCUCACAAAUCGAAAUCUCUGAAAUCACCACUGCAUUUAUCACGCAAAUCGUACCAAUGCCUAUUUGUAGAUAUGAGAUCUUGGAUGGUGGCCCAACAGGACAACCAGUUCAAUAUGGUUUAAUUGGACAACAAGUGUACCACAAAUGGACAUGCGAUUCAGAAACAGUCGAUACAUUCUGUGCAGUAGUGCAUUCGUGUUUCGUGGAUGAUGGAAGUGGGGAUAAAGUGGAACUUUUGAAUGAAGAAGGAUGUGCACUUGAUAAAUAUCUUCUGAACAACCUGGAAUAUCCAACGGAUUUGACAGCUGGUCAAGAAGCUCACAUUUACAAAUAUGCCGAUCGAACGCAACUCUUCUAUCAGUGUCAAAUUAGAAUCAUGAUAAAAGAACCAAACAGUGAAUGCGAACGGCCUCAAUGCACGGAACCACAAGGAUUCGGAGCUAUUCGAUCAACAGGUGAUGAAGUUGGCAAUACGCGCGCGUUGCGACUUCUUAAGAAACGUUCUAUUGACAGCGAUAACACGUUGGAUGUUCGUACGGAUAUCAGUGCCUUGGACAUUCUAGAGCAGGAACAAAGCUUACCAACAAAUCGUGGCAAUCAAGUGUCUUCGUUUCAAAAUGGUAUAAGCGUAUCAUCACCAUCAGCUGGAUGGCUAUUAAUUAGCAUAAGCGGCGUGUUGUUGAGUUUGAUCGCUAUUUCAGUAAUACUGAUUUUAUCACGAAAGUCAUAA